AUGAUACAUACAGACGAGAAGCCAUAUAAAUGUACACAUUGUGGAAAGAAAUUUCUAGCCAUUUACAGUUUGAAAAGACAUUGGAGGGUACAUACAGAAGAGAGACCAUAUGAAUGUGAACAUUGUGGAAAGAAAUUUAAGGACAGCAGUGGAUUGAGAAAACACUUGAUGAUACAUACUGGAGAAAAACCAUAUGAAUGUGAACAAUGUGGAAAGAAAUGUAGAGAUAGUAAUACAUUGAAACUACAUUGGAUGGUACAUACAGGCGAGAAGCCAUAUGAAUGUACACAUUGUGGAAAGAAGUUUAUAACCAUUUACAGUUUGAAAAGACAUUGGAGGGUACAUAUAGAAGAGAGACCAUAUGAAUGUGAACAUUGUGGAAAGAAAUUUAAGGACAGCAGUGGAUUGAGAAAACACUUGAUGAUACAUACUGGAGAAAAACCAUAUCAAUGUGAACAAUGUGGAAAGAAAUGUAGAGAUAGUAGUAUAUUGAAACUACAUCAGAUGGUACAUACAGGCGAGAAGCCAUAUGAAUGUACACAUUGUGGAAAGAAGUUUUUAACCAGUUCCCUUAUGAAAAGACAUCUGAAGAAGAGAAACCAUAUGAAUGUGAACCUUGUGGAAAGAAAUUUAGGGACAGCAGUGGAUUGA